AUAUUUACAUAUUGCUGAUAUUAUUCAAGAAAUAUUAGAAAAUAUAAUUGCUAAUUGGGGUCUUAUCAAAAAGGAUUUAAUAAGAGAUCUUGUUGAUAUUUUAGAACCUUUCUUUGAAACUACAGAGGAGCUUAGUGGUUCCAAGUAUAUUACAAUUUCUUAUAUUCUCCUAUCUAUUUUUGCAUUAAUGAGAAAUCUAAGUAAUUAUUCUGACAAAGAAUUAAGUGAAGUAGAUUUUAAAACAGAUAACCUAGUGUUUGAUGAUAAUAUUAGAUUCAAUAACACUGAAGAAGAAGAAAAAGAAG